AUGAACAUCCUGCUCAUCAACGGCCCCAACCUCAACCUGCUGGGCACCCGCGAACCGCACCUCUACGGGAGCACGACGCUCGCCGAGGUGGAAUCCCAAGCGAAAACCCAAGCCAGCUCGCUAGGCGCCCACCUGGCCUGUUUCCAAUCCAACCACGAGGGCGCCCUCGUGGAUCGUAUCCAAGAAGCCCGCUCCCAGGGCGUCGACGCCAUCAUCAUCAACCCGGGAGCGUACACGCAUACCUCGGUCGCCAUCCGGGAUGCCCUCUUGGGCGUGGACAUCCCUUUCAUCGAACUGCACGUCACCAACGUCCAUGCCCGCGAGGAAUGGAGACAUCGCUCUUAUUUCAGUGACAAGGCGGCGGGCAUCAUUGUCGGCCUGGGGGUUUACGGGUAUAAAGUUGCGGUCGACCAUGUUGUUCUGAAUUUCAAGAAUUAA